AUGAUUGACUUCCUAGAAUCUCGCGAUCUAGGCCCAGGAGAGGUUCGGCAGGUGGAUGCUCUAGGACUAAAUCUUGCUGUCUUCAGAGGUGAAAGUGGUGAGGUCUUCAUUCAUGAUGCCUACUGUCCCCAUCUAGGAGCCAAUCUUUGCAGUGGGGGCAGGGUCGAGGAUGAUUGUAUUAGAUGCCCUUUUCAUGGAUGGAAGUUUAGUGGGCGUACAGGAGAGUGUGUAGCUAUCCCAUACUCUAAUAAAUCUAUACCAAAGACUGCGAAACUGAAGAAAUAUAUUCAUCUGGAGUUAAACCAAUUGAUUUAUAUUUGGUUUCAUACACAGUUUAUUAGUACAUCUCAUAACAUCAACAUUAUCAUUAUGUUAUCCUUACCACAGCUUAUUUGUUGUCAAAAAUCGGAACUCGCACCUGUAACGUUUAGGGAUUGGUUGAAAGAUGUGAAUCAUGUAUACAUUGGACCUCAUGCACCUAGAUACAGCGGAAACCUCGAAGCUCAAGAUGAUUGGAUUUAUCCUAUUGUUGAAGACCAGUUUAGAACAAAUUCAAUUGAUAGAGUUCAAUAUCUAAAUAUUUAUAGUUCAUGGUUGAUAAAUAAUAAAUACGCAGAAUUGGAUAAUCUCUUUGGAAAGAUUAUAGGAUGUUGGUGUCAAAGUCCACGAGUCUGCCAUGGAAGCAUCAUCAUCAAGCUCUGUAAAGAAAAAAGAGAACUGACUCGUCGAAUGGUAGAAUCUGAUGAAAAGAAGGAGGAGGAUAUAGAGGAAUUUCCCAAGAUUAAACGAUAUGCAAAAUUGGGUAGAACCGAGUACUAUGUAAACUGCAGUAUCCAGGAAAUCCCGGAAAAUGGUGCUGACCCCUCACAUCUAGCCAGUGUUCACAAAACUGGUAUAGUACCAGGGGGAGGAGAACCAGGAAGGAUUAGGGAUAAAAUCACUUCAAAAAUUUGUACUCACUCCUGGGAGGCAGACUGGAAGAAAACAGAAGAACCUCAUUUAUCAGAGAUACAUUUGAAGCACAGCCUGGAAUUCUUAAACCGGUUUAGUACUGUACACUUUGUAUUUGAUACAUUUGAAGCACUGGAAAUCUUAAACCGGUUUAGUACUGUACAAGUUCAUGUUGUUGCACAACAAAUAGGGCCGAGCACUGUUCAUCUUCACUUUGAUACAUGUCUAGGUCGGUGCUUACUAAUGCAGUACAUACUCCCCGUUGAGCCCCUACUGCAGAAGUUGGUCCAUGUACUAUACACGGAAAGGUCGAGCUGGUUCACUUUUCUGCCCCCACUAGCCAAGGUUUUACUCUGGGGGGAGUCUCUUCAUCUCGAGAGGGAUAUUAGGAUUUGGAACAGUAAGAUGUAUCUCCGGAGUCCAAUACUUGUUGCAGAGGAUAAAUAUAUUCAACAGUUCAGACGGUGGUAUUCUCAGUUCUAUUCAACAAAACAAGCUGAAGACAACAUAUCAGAAAAUAAUGAAUCCAGAAAUUCAGCCUGUUUUAAGGAAACUACAGAAUGGUAGAUAUUAUGAUAUACAGGGUGUCCCAAUAAACAUGGGAAUUAAAUGAGGACGUCUAUAUUGUCUUUGUUCCAAUGGGGAUUAUUUUGUAAAUAUAAUUUUGUACUAUCACAGUUAAACAAUUUAACAUCGAAAACUGCUAGCCUCGGGAUUUCCAUAUGUGGUCUUCCAUUUUUCACUUUAAAAAUUUACGGAGAUCAUAGGAAAGGAAUUGAUUU